CACACACACACACACUUCAGUAAGGAGCUCAUUGAGGAGCUGAACCCUCCAGAGUCUCUGCAGUCAGUCAGUGUGCGCACACUUCAGCCUCCGAUUCUCUUAAAAUAUAGGUUCAACUUCCGUUUACUGGCUUUUAUCCCCACAACAAACACUUUGGACUCUCCGGACUCUUUACAUACUACUUUUAUUUGACUUCUCUGGGCUGCACCGGGCUUUUCUCACAGGCUCUGGUGUUUUCCUGGUGAUGACCUCACUGCUGUUUCCUGGCAACGCCCACGCUGCGAUGAAGGACCUCUCCUCUUCCUCCACUCCUCUCAGCUCCCUGCUCCACUACCCGUCCUCCAAAACCUCCGCCGUGCCGUUCUCCCCAUCUGCCGGUGCCGCCGCCUCGCCUGGGUCAACGCUGUCGUCGGCGCCGCUCUCCAAACCGCAGCCCUUCUGCCUCCAGACGGGGCCGCACCUCCUCGCCAGCAUGCAGCUGCAGAAGCUCAACUCGCACUACCAGAACCUCGCCGGCGCUUCUGCCGGACACCCAGCACCCGGUGGCGCUCAAAGGGGCUUCAGCGCCUCGCCUCUGGGCACAGGAAACCAGCUUCUGGGGCCGUCUGGAGGCCUCGGCGGAGGUGGGCUGGGCGUCGGCAUCAGCAUGGGGAACCAAAGCUCCGGCGCAGGUGGAAUUAUCGACUUUGACCCCGUGGACGAGGAGGUUCUCAUGUCUCUGGUGGUGGAGCUGGGUCUGGACCGAGCCAACGAGCUGCCCGAGCUCUGGCUGGGUCAGAACGAGUUUGACUUCAUGUCGGACGUGCCGGCCGGGUGCUGACCUACGAGAAAAGAAACUAGCGAGAUUCGUAGGUUGGCAGCGGAAUUGAUUGACAAAGAGAGCGAAGACUUUCUCUCCUCUGUUUUGUGGUUCUCUUUCCUCCCUUUCUUGGUUGAUAAAAUGAGGAAACGGAAGAGACGCUGAGCGGAUAAAGAGAAAGACAUUAGAGGCAUACUCUUCUCUAUUUUGCUUUCAUACUCUAUGUGCAGACAGACUGAUAAAAGAAAAAAAGACAGCUUGCUGUCAAACUUGUCGUUUUGCUAAUGCAGAAAGAGAGCAAACUGUUUUUUGCUUCAUUCAAUCAGUGCAUUUUUCUUUUCUUGGAUGGAAGUGGUGGUUGAAACCAACCUGAUGGGAUUAAGAAUGAUUUGAUUUUUUUUCCUUUUCAUUUAAAGAAAACAAAAACAAAGCAGAAACAAGGACUAUUUCUGCCACUGCUCCGUCACGCUGGCAUAAUAAAAACCAUGUGGUUGGAGGCGUUUCUGUCCUUUUUUUGGAUAAAAAAAAGCAGUAGAGAUGACAUCGACGCACCAAUCGGACUUUUAUUAGUUCUGUUCUCUCUCCAUCAACUUAAAGCAACACCAAAGAUUCUUUUGUACCUUAAAAUAGUGUUUCCAAAAUCGUUUCAGUGGUUCAUCAACUCGUAACAGGGUGAACGGCACUUCUGCAUUCGCUUUGCGGCCCUCUAUCUCCUCUAACCGCGCUAUGCAAGUUCGCCAGAUCGGGUAGCAGAUCUGUAGUUCUAAUGAGACAUAAUGGACACAAUUCCGCUUCCAACCUGUAGGGGGACUGAAGAGGAAAAGUGCUUUGGUGUUGCUUUAAGGAAGCAUAACAUUAUGGGAGAUUUGUGAAGGAUGUCAAACACCACGUUUCCUGUUUUCUUAAAUGGACAAUAUUAGACUCUGGUCUCACGGGAAAGAGACUCCUGUCUCUCGCCUUCACAAAGACACUGAUUGUCUGAGAACCGGUUAUCUCAAUGUACUUUUCUUUCCUUACCUUUUUGUUUGAAUUAAGUUCAACCAGUCGCAUUCUCAGAACUUGUUAUUUAAGACAGUGGCUGAUAUCCAUCUGGACUUCUGGACAAGGAGCGCUUCUGUAGCGCGUCUAUAAUCGGUUCUACUUUUCUGAACAUAAUGAAUUAGAUCAAGGGAUGGGGAAUCUUUCGGAGCAUGGGACCUGAAUGGAGUAAAUUGUUUCUUGCUCUGGAACACAGCCUCAUUAAAACCCAUUAAAUCGAGGCCUUGUGAGUCACCACGAACAUGUUCAUGUUUUGUUUUCUGGCUCGCAGUGUAAGAACCAUUGACCCGGGUGGUGUCAGUGAUCUGGAUAGCACUUCCCUCUUACAUUAAGGAUACAAGGUCUUGUCAAACUUAAUGCAAUAGCCCUUUUGUUUUUCCUGUUUCACCGCUUUGAUGUUUGUGUCAAAACAGUUUGUUCAGCCACAACAGACUUGUUAUCGCCACACUUCUGUGUCCCUGAUAAGAAAGCAUCGUCUGUUGUGUCAUCAUUAGGCCUGGAGGAUGCUGUUUGCACACGUUGCAGGGCAGCCUUUGACCUGAAUACACACUGUUGUUUGGUUUUAACCCUUGUGUUGACUUUGGGUCACAUUGACCUGUUUUCAAUUUUUGUUUUAUAUCAGAAAAUAUGGGACGUAGAAAUAAGAGCUGAAAAUGUGUAGAAGAAAAAUGUAACAAUUUAAAUCGUUGGAAAAGGCAAAUACAAAUUGUGAAAAAAAGGCAUCAAAAACGUCCGAAAAAAAGUGUUUUUUUCAAGGUUGACGGGAAGACAACACAAGGGUUAAGCACCGCAGGCUUUAGGAUGAUUGGAGUCGGACCAAAGUGAACUAAACCUUUCACGCCCUACCGCUACUUGCGGCUAGCAUGCUAGCAUGACUUUUUGAGAUUGACAUGAGCUUUACUGUGUCUUAAAGGCAGAGACAAACAUCGUGACAAGCUAGCUGUGCCGCCUCAUUACGGAACUCGCUGCAGUUCUAGGCAAGACCCGCCCUUCAGUAGCAUUUCGCGCGCUACGAUUGGCCAGGCGUCCAUGCUUACGCGGGGUAACGGAACCCGAUUUGUUCAGGUCCUAUCCCCUGACCAAUCGGCCAUCCUAACCUGAACUACUCAAGGUCAGUGCCUAGCUUCAACCAAUCGGUCUGCUUCGUAGGGUGGGUCUUGUCUAGAACCGCAGUGGGAUCCAUAAUAACGCAGCUGUGCCCCCUCUGGCAGCCAUAUUGGAAGUCCUCACGCUCUCUGGCUUCAUUUGAACAGUUAUUUGUUUAUAUGGAAUCAACUCUCUCAUGGAAAAUGUGUUGUUUCUUGUUGCUGCAGACUUCAGUGGUUAAAAGAAUCCCCAGGGGUUAAAUUGACACCCACUCCUCCACCCCCGUGCUGUUUCCUGCUGUAGACGGAUGGAUGUUAGCAUGCGGGCUCUGACCUAUGUAUCUGUUGUGGUAAGAAGAGACGGGGACUUGAACUAUGCGGCGGGAACAAAGGCCUUUCACCUCAACCUGGUGUGCCUGUCUUCCUGUGCAUUGUGGGUCUCCUCUUGGACCACACACACAUGAAAUAACACACCUGUACAUAUAUGCACAGGCACACAACUCACCUCGAUGGAAACUCUCUGUCUCUCACACACACACACACACACACACACACACACACACACACACACACACACUCACUGAAACCCAGCUAUGUGCGGCAUACAAAGGCACCGAAAUAAACACACACACAGAAGCAUGGGGAUGGUAUUACAGCAGGGAAAUGGGAGUAGCAACCAUGAAACAGGCACUUGUUCAGUUACACACAGACUUCACAGGGUGUGUGUGUGUGUGUGUGUGUGUGUGUGUGUGUGUGUGUGUGUGUGUGCGUGUGCGCGCGCGCAUGCAUGAAGAGAGAUAGUGAUGUUAGACUGUAUGCAAGUCUGAAAAUGCCAGUGUGUGUGUGUGUGAGGGGAAACUAUGAGCAGCAGGUAAUCCGUCCACAUGUAAACCACUGGCAGAGGAAAAAACUUGCCGGGCCUCGUUAAUUUAUAAAGAUACAGACGGGUCAGCUUACACACACACUCAGUUCCUCAACAAGCCGGCUAUUUUUCCCUCCACACAAACACAGCUGCCUGAUACCACUUUUUGAUGUCGAUUAGGGUCUUGGUUACAGUCAAUGAACUUCCUUUUCUUUCUUUAAUGAAACGCGAGAAGCAGCGAUUAAUGAAAACCCGAUGAAGGAAUAAUUUGACGGAGGGAUUUGCAAGAUGUUUCCCUCGCAACAAGCGCUUUAUUGAAAGAAAUGGAGAUGCCUCUCAUCAAUUCCAAAUCCAAAAGAUUCCUCUCUUCCUCCGUCUCGUCGUCUAAGUGGGUCAAAAUAACAUUCUUCAAAUCGAAGACAGUCUUGUGUUUGUUUCCAUCUGCUCGACAUUGUUUUAAAGUCCCUGUGUGUGUGUGUGUGUGUGUGUGUGUGUGUGUGUGUGUGUGUGUGUGUGUGUUGUUUUGUGGUCCGGCCUUGAUCCCAGCUAAGUGAAUGUUAUUUUUUGCUGUGUGAAGGGGCGCCGCCUCCUCCUCCCCCUCCCCCCCUGAGAAGUUGUCUGGUCGAGAUGUUUGAAUCGUCUGAGGGCUUUCAUUUCCUCUUCUCCUUGACGCCCGACAUUUGCAGAUUAACCUUUUGAACCAAAAUAUACCUCAGCUAUUUGGUGACCAAUAACAAAAACUUAACUCCGUGCAAAAUAUUCUUAUAUAUUUUGGUUUAAAUUUAGCUUGGAAUACCACACCUAAAACUGUAAAAUCUGUAUCUUGAGUCAACUCGAGAAUUUGAGAGUUUUUUUUUUUUUUUUUACAAAUCUAGCCUGUUUUCCUCCUAAAGUGUAACAGAUUGAUGCAUCUCCACAGAUCAUCUUAAAGGUUUGAACCCCCCCCCCACACACACACACUUGUAGAAGGGGCCCCCAAACAGCAUCUUGCACAGGGCCCGCCAAAAGCUAGAAACGGCCCUGAGUGUACACCUUCACGGUCCGACAACGAAUGAAGUGGAUUUACAGUUUCUCUGUGACAGCAGUGAUUUGUUGCACGCUCGGCCGUUGCCUCUGGGCCUCCGGGUCAUGAAAAAUGUUCCAGCACAUCAAGGCCUGUGAAAACCUUCGACGUAAGCAGUGAUAUAUCUGUUAAAAGGUCGCUGUUACAAGGUUUCCUCUUCACAGUAAUGGAAAUGUUCAGCCACUGCUCUGCUGCCAGGUCUGCUUGUGAAAAUGAAGUAGACUCUGCACUGAUUCAUUCCUCUUUUUUUUUUUUUUUUUUUUUUUUCUUCAUCAUAUUUACUUUAAAACCUGUAGAUUGAAGUCUUAUUUUGUUGUUGGUUUUACGUGCAGUCUCUUUUCCUUGUUUUUCUAAUGAUGAAAUGAAUAUUAUUCAAAGAUGAUGAUUUUUAAAGCACUUUUGCUCACCGGCUCUCACUUGUACAUCUAUAUGAAUAUGUAAAUGACUGAGAUCAUAUAAAAAAAAAGAAAUGCUUGUAUUUUUGUUACGGCUCUGAGUUUUGAGGGGGAAAUAAAGAAAGUGAAAACUGA